AUGGAACCGACGGAAUUGCCGUUGGAGCCGGAGUUUCAAUCUGGAGAGGACUUCGUUCACGUCGAUGAUCCCAACCCUCACGGAUAUAUUUCGUUAAGCGAAAGCAUAGUGAAUGUGGAGAAGGAGGAGCUGCUCGUGGAAGGUGAGGAGGAAGAACAUAGCAGCAGCGAUUCCAGUUCAGUGAUAACCGGCGACGAUUCGAUCGUUUAUUCUGGUGAUAUUGGUGAAGAUGAUAUCUGCGGCGGAGCGGAAUUUGUUGAGCGUUCGGUGGAGACGACGAAACUAGAGCUGCCUGAGGAAUUGGCGAAAAGCGUUAUGGUUCUAACUUGCGAGUCCACAGAGGAAGGCGGAUCUUGUGAUGUGUACUUGAUUGGUACUGCUCAUGUAUCACAGGAAUCCUGUCGAGAAGUUGAAGCUGUAGUCAGCUACUUGAAACCACAGGUCGUCUUCGUGGAGCUGUGUCCAAGUCGAUUGUCUAUUCUCAAACCUCAGACUUUGAAGGUUCCACUUCCAACCAUGGCGGAAAUGCUAGACAUGUGGAAGAAGAACCACAACCCAUUUGGAAUACUUUACGGAUGGUUUCUUGCACAUAUCGCCAGUAAGCUUGAGGUUUUUCCUGGCGCUGAGUUUCGAGUGGCAUAUGAAGAGGCAAACAAAUAUGGUGGCAAGGUGAUUCUUGGUGAUCGUCCAGUACAGAUCACAUUACAGAGAACCUGGUCUAAGAUGCCUCUAUGGCACAAAGUAAAAUUUGUGUACAGCAUGAUGUUUCAAGCUGUCUUUCUGCCAAAACCUGAGGAAAUUGAGAAGAUGCUGAAAGACAUGAACGAUGUGGAUAUGCUGACAUUGUUGAUUCAAGAAAUGAGCAAGGAAUUUCCAUCUCUCAUGGAUACACUUGUGCAUGAGCGCGAUAAGUACAUGUCGUGUAUGUUGUUGAGAGUUGCAAGUGAGCAUAGCUCGGUCGUGGCAGUUGUCGGUAGAGGGCAUCUUCAAGGGAUCAAGAGGAACUGGAACCAACCUAUAAAGAUGAAGGAUCUGUUGGAGAUACCGACAAAUCAAUCAUUUUUUACUGUAAAGAAUGUUCUGAAAUCUCUGGCGAUUGCAGUCGCCGGGACAGCCAUAGUUUCCGGCAUAUAUCUUGCAAAGAGAAGUUAA